GAAGAAGAAUAUCACAGUUUCUUUUUUUUUAUUGUAAUGUUUGUGUUACUAAACCACGCUCUUGCCUUCCUUUGUUACUAUACAGAACAUGCGUGAGGACUUUGGAGGAAAUGGACAUGGCAAUCGCGACAACUCUGGCGAGGUAAGCACACAAUAUCGAAGAAGAAAUGGUUAGUGAGGAGGCAAACUAUUCCUUGCCUUAUUCUGUUCCUAUCUACGCAUGAUAGCAUAUGUCUGAAGACACAGUGUCUGUGCUUGUUGAUCAAGCCGACAACACUCUUGAACGACAAAUUUCACAAGUCCAGGACGGUCUACCAUCGUCGGCGUCCACGUCGUCAUCGGUGAAUGUCAUUGGGGCAGGUAAGCACUUUUCUAGAGCUGUUGAGAGACUACUGCAUUCCUUGCGCAUUGACUUCUUUUGCACCUUUUGUUACCACUCUACUAGCUGGUCAGAAACGUUUAGGCGCUGUCCGUGUUGAACCGGAGGAGGCGCCACUUAUAGCCCAACACAGCGCAUUGGCUGCGCCUUUGCCCCCAACAGCUGCCAUCCCAAAAAUGUCAGUCGCAGGUGAUACAGUAGCGAGCAUGAGGGCAGGAGAAGCAGGACCCUCAGACGCAGGUGCUGUACUGCCGCCUCCCUCAAAUGCUUCAACCACUCCUCCGGAAACACCACCAUCCUUUGCUGCUUCACCUUCGUGUCUGGGAUCUCCUCCCGCUUAUUUUGGAGCUGUGAAUCCUUCAAACACUGCCGCAACGGAUUCGACAGCCUCGAAUAUCACUACGGGAUUGCCAUCCGACAUGAACCCAGACACAUCUCCAGGACCUGCCGAAAUGGCUCCAACCGCACCACCACCAGAUGAUCAAUCAACAAUCAACAACGAGGAACGAACUAUUCUUCUGUCAGAGAUCGAGAAAAUCACACACACUUGUCAGCCACAGGAGGGCGAGGCAUGCUUGACUUGUCACUUCAAGAGAUACCAGCGGCUUUGUGUGGACGCCCUCCUGAACACCGAGCUGAAAAUCGCAGAGAUUGCGGAUGUUGUAUCCUUGAUCGGAAUAUUUGUGCCAUCCAGACCCACCGAAAGGAUGAAAUCUGUUUUUUCAGAUGAGGAAUUGGAGGCGCUCAUUAGAUCAGGCGAGGUCACACAUGAAGAAUGGGACUCCGUUGAGUUUGACACCCUAUUGCCAAUGAAAGCCGUCAGAGUAUGUUCAAUAUUGUUUAUUUUUCACGCUCGUUUUGUGCAGGCUCAUUAACGCUCUUUUCUCUUUUUCUAGCUUUGCCUGCAAAACCGAAUGGAAGACGUGGCAGCGACUCUUGCGCCCUUGAAUAAGGACAACAGACCUAUCCGGAUUAUGCUGGAGACGCUGUAUGGUUCGGUUACAUAUCACAAGACGCAAUUGACACUGUGAAAUUCAGCUGAUUUUGUUUUUCUCUCUUCAUUUCUCAGGCUAGAAUAUCUCCCCAGAAAUGAAGACCGUUCCAUUUCGGAGUAUGAUUACUCUGUCAAACACAUUGGCCCAGUUCUGCAGGCCUUUUUUCAAUCUAAAUCCG